AUGUUAAGAGGGGUAAAAGCUCAGUACUUCGAAGAACAAGCUGUCGGCAAGCAUAUAAAAUCUUCCAAAAAGCGCUACACUUGAAAAUUCACUCUCGAAGGCCAGGAAGUGACAGUUGAUCUAUUUGCAAGCAAAUACUCAGGCAAGAGGACAAUAAAAGUGGACGGUGACAUAAAAUUUGAUGGGAAAAAAUCAGGGUCACUGUUUAGCUUUCCCUUUCAUAUUGGUAGCCACUUGGUCAUCGUGAUGGAAGUAGACAAAGCUUAUGAUUUGAAAAUAGACAGCAUUUCGUUUCUGACUCUAUACCGAGAAUCUACAUCCUUGAGCAUGAAAAACUAUGAAUCCUGAGAAGCUGAAGACAUAAGUCCUUCGCCAAGCAACGCUUAUCGUGACCGCAGUGAAACAUGGGCUGGAGGAUAUGCACCUCCUGUACGCCAGACCUCAAUUGAAGAACUGCAUAUUGAAGACUGGGAAAAAUACGCAAAACCUUAUAAAAUUUCUCACCCCUCCUCCCUGACUGAUCAAAAAUUUUUUUUAAUAUAUAAAUGAUAAUUAUUGUCAUGCAAUCUCUUAUAUUUUGCUGAAUUCUAAUAGCUAGCGUUAUAGACAUAAAUUUUACAAAUUAAAUUAAUUUGCAUUCUCUAAAUUUUGUGAAUGGGAUUUUUUUAAAUUUCAAAAUAAAAUUUUGCUAAAAUAAUUUAACACUUCAUGAAUGAGUCAGAGAGAAAUUUACCAGACAGCUAUGAGAGAAAAACUCCCUAUCAAGCCUCACCCAAAGAAUGAUUUAGUUAUGAGAGACUCGAUGAAAAACCCAUUUGAGUUUGCUGAAGAUAUAGACUCCAGAUAUGUUUUCAGGCCAAAAGCAGACUCAGAAUCUUUUGUAAAUGGGCCGAAAGACUUGGCUGAUGAGUCUAAUCAUAAUGAUAGACAAAGUUAUAGAGCUUCUGAAUUUAAUACGUAUAAUCCUGGACGCAGAGCAGCUGGCUCUUAUAUGCUUUAA